AUGCUGUCUCGUCUCUCUACGCCCAUCGCCUUUGACUUGUUUCUCCGCAUUGGCAUCACAGCUUCCCGCCAACCCCGCUCACGACAUUUGCAUUCGUCCACACCACGACUCGUCCACAACUCGAACAUGUCACAGAACGUCGAGGCGGGUGCUCAGUCACGGCGCCCGAAGAAGCUUAUCUUUGCACCCGGCGACAUUGAAGCUAUAUCCGACUCUCCGGAGCCACCAGCGCAUGCACAAUCCGCCGUGCCAUCCCACCUCGGCCCCGAAGCCCUCCGCUCCCAGACUUCGACGCCCAACUCUACCUCCGAAAGUCAACUCAUGUCGCACCCCGCGCGAGCCCACCAGUUCGUGACCAACCCGCCUCUUACAAUCUCCCAAAUGCAUGGCACCAAUCCGCUGCACCAAUUCAAUACUUGGUUCCACGACCCUCGACUAACGCCCAGCUCGUCGCCUGAGACCUGCACGCUUGCUACAGCCGAGCUCCCUUCCGGCCGCGUUAGUGCGCGUGUCCUCUACCUCAAGGAGUUAGAUGAGCACGGAUGGGUGGUCUACAGUAACUGGGGUAGCCGGGAAGGUAAAGGCCGGCAGGUCUGGGGCCCGGAUGCCAACACAGAUACGAUCGGAUCUAUACCCCCACCAGGGGACCUUCCUCAACAGGGCAACAAAUGGGGCGCUCUGACAUUCCUCUGGGCAUCCGUGGAACGCCAGGUCCGUAUCGAAGGCAUGCUGGAGCCGCUGAGUCGCGAGGAGAGUGAACCAUACUGGCGUACGCGCGAACGCGGCAGUCAGAUCGGCGCCUGGGCCAGCUGGCAGAGCCGGGUGCUGUGGUCUGGGGAGCCAUUGCAGCUCGCUGAGAAUCAGCGUCGCAAGAGCGUGGCUAAGUUGCAGGGCAACGUUCCGGCCGACAUCGACGAGACGGAUAUCAAUGACGGCCGCGCCCUGCUUGAGGAGCGGGUUAAGGACAUGGAGCAGCGCUUUGCCGGGGUUGAGAAUAUUCCUCUUCCGCCUUUCUGGGGCGGCGUGCGCCUUGUGCCGGAGUCUGUUGAGUUCUGGCAGGGUCGGAAGAGUCGAUUGCAUGAUCGGUUCCGUUAUGUGCGGGUUGAGGGAUCCGGUGUUGGCGGUGAUGCACAGUGGCGUGUGCAGAGGCUUUCUCCAUGA